GUACAUAAUUCGAUCAGUUCUGAUACACGUGGAAAUUCAUGCAUUUCUUCUCGGUGAAACGGACUGAAAAUGGCGUUUAGUCUAGAUCUCAAGCGAGUUUUGAUAAGCGACAGUGUGGACAGCUGUUGUAAAACUAUUUUGCAAACGAAUGGAAUCGUUGUCGACUUAAAAACAAAGCUAACCAAAGAAGAGCUCCUUGCAGAAAUACCGGUAAGUAUUAAAUCAUAAGGUUCAUUAAUCUUUGUAGCAUCUCAUUCCUCUUUUCCUUAGACCUUACUGCUCUUACUAUUGUAGAAUUAUGAUGGUCUGAUCGUUCGCUCAGCAACAAAAGUGACUGCAGAUGUGAUCAAGGCAGGGAAUAAACUGAAAAUUAUAGGUCGAGCUGGAACUGGUGUCGACAACAUUGAUAUCCCUGCAGCUUCACUUCAAGGAAUUAUUGUUAUGAAGUAAGUUCAGUUGAUACUAAUUUUUCUAGCUUUUCAUGAACUAGUAAAGAGAAGCCUUGGUUUUUAAAGCUUUUAUAUCCGAAAUGAGUUAUAUUCUCGUAACUGAAGUAAAGGAUUUACGGUGAAAAAAUAUUGGGUCAUAUUCGUUUAUUUUUUUGUUACCUACAGCGCAUGACCCACCCCGCAGCAAAAGGAUCUUUCUUUACCAUGGUUUUUAGCAAAUUAAUACAGAAGUUUUUUUUACAAAUUUACAAAAGUUUAUGUUGCUGUCAGGGGGGGGGAUGACUCUUUGUAAAAGUACGAAGAAACUGUAAAAAUACUGGAGUGUCUAAUUACAGUUAAGAAGAGGUGGAGACUGGACACCACACUGAUGAUCCCAAUGUUUUUAAGUUGGAAUCCACCAGGACAUUGAGUAAUUUUGAUUUUCAGUGGAUAAAAAUCUUGUACCAGAAUAAUUUAAAGCAUAUUGCAUUCUUUCUUACAUUUUUCGAGGGCUAAAGAUGUCAUAAAUCAUCUGUAGUAACACCGAAAAAAUUUCUUAUGGGAGCCAGAGAAAAUGAAUGUCAAAUUUCACAAAAUUAUGUCUUACACAUGAAAUUUUGAGAAUUUUACCUGUGUAAUCACAAUUCUUGUGAAAUUUGACAUUCAAUUUCUCGGAUUUCCAUGAGAAAUUUUCUUUGGUGUUACUACAUAUGAUUUAUUACAUCUUUAGCCCUCCCAAAAUGUAAAAAAAGAAUGCAAUAUUCUUUAAAUUAUUCUGGUAUGAGGUUUUUGUUUACUGAGAAUGAAAAUUGCUCAAUUUCCUGGUGGAUUAUAUCUUAAAUGUUCAGUGUUUUUCUUGGACUAAGUGGUAAAAUAUCUGUUCAAUCAUUUUCAUACCAUUUGAUCAGGAAAAUAAAUGUCAUGAAACUUUUUUACUUGUGGUUUGCACUAACAGAGCCCUUUUGAGAAACAUGCAUUUGGUGCAGGGUAAAACAGUUCUGAAGAAAGCUAAACUAUCAACUUUCAAAACCGCAGACUUCAGGACUAUAUUAAUGUAUAAGGUUAAGAAUAACUUAGUCCCAUACAUCAGACCUUUAUCAUUGUAACACAAAUACAUGUAAGUAUAAUCUUUGAAAUGCAGAUGAUUUUUCUUUACCAAGAUUUAAUACUACCGAGUAUUGCAAACAUAGUUUAAGGUACACAGGAUGUUUUAUUUGGUCUAAACUGCAUAAGUCCAUCAAAGUUACAUCAUAGAUAAUUGAGCUUAAACUGGAAAUGGAUGGGAGGGAUGUUAUUUUUAGUAGCGUGUAUUCUUAGUUCUCCUAGAUAGGUGUCUCAAAUUAGUUUCUUGUAAACUAGAACGAAAGACAUGAUAAUAAAGUUGUUGUUAUUAUUAUUAUUAAUUGUUUUAAUUGAAUGAAAUGUUCGUAUUUUGUUUUUCUAAUCAAAACUAAAUGUUUUUUUUUUUUAACAAAAGCAAUUGUAAAUAGCGUUUUGACAAAAUAGUUUUUCUUAGAGUGAAUUAACCCAUUCGCUCGUGGAGAUUUUUCCGAAGAACGCGUUUUGAAGCUAGUCGAGUGGUUUUCUGGUCACUGUCGUGCUAUAAAGAGCUAAAACUUACCACAAACUGGUUUACAGGUCGUAAACUUCGCGGCCUUCUGAUCCAGAUUCAAAAUAUUAGCUUGCGAAGUUCGGGCAUGCACAGAAAGCAAAAUUUCGAGAUAGUUUUUGGGUUUAAAAGUGACACAGCAGUCUUGACUUUUACUUUUCACUUUCUCUCCUCCCCUCUUUUUUCACUUUUCUUGCCUCAUUUUUUUUUCUCUUGCUGGGCAUUUUGUAGGCUUCGUUUUGGUGGGAAGAGUUUUUAGGAAAGCUUUUAGCAUCUUAGGAUUAGGUGAAAGGAAAGGUAGGUGAGCAAUGGAACAAGAUUUUCAUGGAGAUUUUCAGGUCAAUGUCACAUUGUUUUUUGCUUCUUUCUCUGGUGUCCUCGACUGAAUUGUGCUAAUUCUGGUAUGGUUUGAAAGAUCUCUUCACUCUGCACAAGUUAGCAGCCAAAGUUGUCCUUGACCGUUAAAACUGAUGAUGUCACAAAGGGUGGAAAGGACGCGGAUCCGCACGGGCGGUUCAGGGGCGAAUGGGUUAAUUGCAAAUAGGAUUUUAAUAGUUAGCAUUGUUAUCAAUAAAAUGUGUUCAAGUUUUGGAUUAAUUGUCCCCUUAUCUCCAUUGCAAAGCUGCAUUUGUUUACAAAUGUGAUUAAACCGUUCUGAAAAGUAUGUAACUUUUAGUUUUCAAAUCAAAAAGGAGCAUGAUCUAUGUAAUAAUAACAAUAAUAUUAAUCAUACAUUAGGUAGCUAGAAAAACUGGCUAAGCUGACUCACCAUGAGUCUCUUCAUACAGUAACUCAGUGCUUAUAGAGCCGAGUUAAUGGCUAAUAAGCUUAAUUACAAUUUUAUAACGAGGUUAAAUCUGCUCCCUUAUGAAGAAUGUUCAGGAGUGCAUUUUACAUGUUUUUUGUACUGCAUGAUAAUAACAGUAACAAUGCUCUGUACUCUUUUGAUAUCUAGGAUGAUGUAAAUAUAACAAAGAAAAAUUAUUGUAUUUGAUCUUGCAACUCAGGUUGAGUUGACAUCAUUUCUGAAGUCAAGGCUGUGCUCCGAGAAAAAUUGAAGGAGGCCUUAUGCUCUGAAAUGGAGAGCAAUUCCUGUAAUUUCACUCCUCCAAAAAUAGUGGAAGACAGAGCAGCCUCAUUUCAUUGCAUUUAAAUGUGUUUUUGAAUCUUGUUGUGUGAGGAACAGUAGGGUUAGGACGAUGUAGCUUUAGGUUAUGUUCACACUCUACAAGGUAGCUUUUGUUGCCAGUACCAGAAGGUAUCCAGUAUAGCAUGAAGAGCUAUGGACCAGGGCUGCACAAGUUAUAUUCACUCUCAUCGAACACCAUGCUGGUGUGUUUAGUGCGCUAAAUUCCAUAUCUCACUCCUGAAUAUUUACUUCCGUCUCAGUGGGAUCCAGUCCAUGGUCGUAAUUAUUUACCUCUAUAACGGUCUGAACAGGUUUUCAAACACACUGCUCAAACGGCACCAAAGUGUGGUACAAAACCUAUCCGAUAUGUGAUGCUCUAAUUUUGAGAUCUGCAUGGCGGCUUAGCUUCACUGUACUGUCACAGAAAUCACACUCAAUUGCUGUUCUUGUGUGAACAGAAGCCCAGUUCAGCAUGAUUUUCAUGGCAGUGCAAAGUUAUUAAGUAUAGCUACUGUGAACAUACACUGUAGCCUUCCCUGUAAUUUCUGGGAAUUUUUUUAGGCUUUUUUGAUAAUAUAUAGCAUGAUAAUACUUGCAGGUCCCUACUGAAACUGCAUAGUGGAUGGCUUCCCAGAAUUAAAACAUUGUUAUUAUUGUUCUUCCUCUUUUUCCUCUUAUUAUUACUAAUACUGAUUUGAUUCAUCUAUCCCUUUGUAGCACUCCUGGAGGUAACACACUGAGUGCGGCAGAACACACCUGUGUACUUAUCAGCACUCUUGCAAGGUAAAGUGUACUUAGUUGGUGGGUUUUGGGUGUCGUACAUUGUGGUCCAAGUAACCCCCUGUAUUUGAUAUUUAGAAUAGCAUCACUAGUAGCUGAUGCAAAUCUGCAGUUAUUGCAAGGCAUGAAUCAAUCAAUUAAUCAAUCAUGUUAUUUACAGUGUAUGUGUCAAACUUCUGGUACACCACAAGUUGUGCAGUAAUUUGGGACAUUAAUUGAAUUUGCAUGAUCUUUGUAAAGUUUUCCCCUGAAAGUUAACGAGACCUUUCUUUUACUCAGAUUCAUGGUAAAAAGGAUUCAUUUUGCAAAUAACGUGUUUGGCUUAUUGCUUUCUUCAAAAUGUUGAUUUUUUUGGAGGGGGGGGGGGGGGGGGGGGGGAUCCCAGCUGGAAGGGGAUAAUGAAAUUAAAUCCAGGAUGAGUUGGGGUCCAAGCGUUUUACCUGAUACUGAUAGUUUUAUAUAUCGUACCAUCGGAACAAUGCCAAUUAUUAUUAAUAUCAUCAUUUUAUGACAAGUACCCAUAAGCUGCUGACAAGCUCUGCUAAUCAGUCUGCAUUCAUUUGCUGUAGGCAUAUACCCCAGGCAGCAGCCUCCAUGAAGGAGGGAAAAUGGGACAGAAAAAAAGUAUGUCACUUUGAAAACUGUACAAGUUGUACUAUUACAGUUGUUACAAUGUACGUGUGGUAUUAAAUAGCUUUUGUCAUAGAGUCAAUUAGGCUUAGUGAUGAAACAACUAACAGUUUUGCUAAAAGUCAGUCAAUAAACCAAGCAGCUAUUACUCUAGCAUGAUGUUGCAACUGUAAUAGUUAACAAUCCAAAAAAUACUUUAGCCAAGAAGUUGUUCUAAACUUAUAUGAAUAUUGUGUAGCUUAGUCUCCAAAUGCAAUCUCUUGACUGAAGUUAUUUUAGCCUGUGUGGCAGGCGUUGGAAGGGGAAGGGGCAAUUUGGGUGCGCGAGAGCUCACGAGGGAGAAAGGAAAGGAAUGCCUGCAAGGAGACCAUUGUUUUCUCCAUUUUUCAUGCUCAGAUUCUGAGUGUAAAAAUAGUGAUUGGUCUUCGACUUAAUACCUUUUUUCGAUUGGUUGAAAAUAACAUCACGCCAUUUGAGUAACUAAACAUAUGAUGUUAGUGAAGUGUGAUGAGAUUUCUCUACGGGAAUUCAUUGUUAGAAGGCAUCAAUUUCAGCUUGAAAGGAGAAUAGAAAAAAGCAGUUAAAGAACCAUAUGAAGGAAAAGGCCUGUUAGCAGAUUUUUACAGAGUUUUACUUACUGGUUUUGAAAAGUAUCAUCUCCCAAUGGCUUAUUGGUUUUGUGCACUAGAAGAAAGAAAGGAAAAAUCAUGCUGCCUGUGUGCUUGUUAUCUGCUGUUUGACCCGCGUUAUCAACGGCAAGAUUGUUGAAGACGAUGUGAUCUAUAAUCCUUAGCGAUUUUUGAAUGAGAACUUCUUCUUGCUGGUUGUAAAACUGCCAGGACUUACUUUAAUAAUUAAUUGCUGCCUUCUUGCAGAUCUUCGAAGUUCAGCUCCUCCUUCCCCGCUACAAGCGUUCUUUUGUGUGCUCCACUGGAUCUAAUGCGUCCUGAUAGAAAUUCAAAGAGUGACGGCAAAGUGUUUUAGUUUUUCUUAGACAAACAUUGCAUUGAAAGUUGCGAAGAGCCACUACAUUUCUUAUUAAAUAGUUUUGCAGCCCGAUUCCUUCAGCAACAACUUGAAUAGAUUUAUCGUGGAUCUUGUGUAACUUGGCACGCGUCGUUGCAACUUUCAAGGAAGAUUCCUUCCAUGGAUGACCGCAUUUGAACUUUUUUUUAUAGUAUCUUCACUUUAGAUUUCUUGUUUUUGGAAAACAAAAGAAAAACAUUGCGAGAAAUACAACCAAAAUACGUGCCUUGCAGCCAGACUUAUUUGACAGCUAGUCAUUCACAGUUGCAUUAUUUUUGUUAUUCUUUUUAAGUAGUAUGCUGGAUGGCGAAAACAAUGGCUUGCUUGCAGGCGUUCCCCUCCUCCCUCCUCCCCCGUGCGCAGUCGCACGCCCUCAAUUCCCUUCCCCUUCCCUUUCGAAUGCCUGCCAUGCAGGCUAAAGUUAUUUGUAAUAGUAUAAUACUUUAUUAAUAUAAUUGUAAAAUACCUCUUUUAACUUAUUUCGAAGUACAUGGGAAGUGAACUAUUUGGCAAAACUCUUGCAAUUGUUGGACUAGGAAGAAUUGGGAGAGAAGUUGCUCAUCGCAUGCAGUCCUAUGGCAUGACAGUGAGUAUUAAAGCUCUUUUUUAAAUCUAAGAGCUCUUGUGUUGGUCCAUGAUUACAAUGUUUAUUACUAGGCUGUUAAUGUGGAACAUAGCGAACAACAAACACCAGAAAUGUUGUGAAGAUAAUAGCGUGCAAAGAAAGUAGUGUCCGAUAGCCCAGGGCUAGUGGAUUAUGCUAUCAGGUUAGUGAAUUCUGUUCUUAACUUGCCCGAUGGGCAAGUGAGGUUUUUGUGUUGAGGAAUUCAAAUUACAGAAGAACUGUGAAAUCAAUCUGCUCAUCAAAACGUUUUUGGGGCUAGUUGAAAUGAUGUUUGGGUUAGUAAAUGUUAGCUUCAGCUUGCCCGAAUGGCAAGCUGUAAAAAAUGACUUUCUUUGCACCCUGAGAUAAGUCGAAGUCCUGAACUCCAUGUGUGAUAAACUGUAUCUUUAUUCCAUAAACAUUCCAGGGUUCAAAAGACAAAUUUAUCCAGAUCUGAGUCAAGUCCAAACAAAUUCACAAUGAAGUAGACCCCAAUAAGUUCAAAUAUCCUAUGCACGACGAGUUAUGUUUUCUAAAACCAAAUAAAUCCACAAUGAAUUCAGUGUUCAAAAGUUAGAGGUCAACAUAUGAAAUACAAGAGGAAAACGUGCUGACAGUUUUGAAUUCCAUAAGCGAAUGCUUCCAGAAUGACAAAACUUACAAAGUAUCAGGUUUCAAAGCAUGUGGUUACAUUGUAGGUACGGAAUAUGUGCACAGCAGUAGCACAAGAAAUAUUUCUAGAAUGCUACGUGUAUUGUGUUUCCAGGAAAAAGAAAUCAGGUGUGGGAAUACUAAACUGUACUUAGAUUUUUUGUUUUGUAGUCUGCUAAGCCUUAUUGUGAUUGGCCAUUACCUGGGCUUAGCUACAUAAUUCUGGAAUUUUCGGGGGAAGUUUUGGACAUCAAAAAGAAUUUUAGAAAAUCUUGGGAAUUUUUGGGAAAAAUUGACAAAUUCGAGAAUUUUAGAGCAAUUUGAACUUUUACCUGACAUGGUGGCAACAUUUCACUGGCAAAAACGUUGACAAAACGUUGUUUGUAUUGCAACCAACCAAGAGAGGGGUCAGUCCGUUCAUAUCCUGGGUUCUGUUAAGCAUCGGAGAUCGGAGAAUUCUCUGUGUACUACACAUAAUUCUCCUGGUAAAUUUCAAUGAAGUGUCGCUAUUUUUUAUUCAGACGAAUCAAACAUGGAUAUGUUUUGUUCUUGUAAAAGGAAAUUAUUCCCAGAAAUGUGUAAUUUUAGUGCUUAGCCUUUUGCUUAACAUUCCCAAAUAAAUGACAAUAAUACAUAAAAGAUCUUGCUUAAAUGCUAGCAGUUUUAAACCCACUGGGACGCGUAAAAUAUUUGGCAGUUUGCUGAAGAGUGGAGAGUUGACUGUAUGCUUGAUGCUUUUUUAUUUGCAUGCGAAAAAUUAUUAAACGAAUAAAUACUAAUGAAACAAAACGUGAAACAAAAUAAAGUACAUGAUAAACAAAUCAUAGUGGCAAAGUAACGACAAGAAAAGUUUAAGCAAUAAGAAUCAAGUACCUUUAUGAAUGAAAAGAAUGAUUUCUUUGUGAACUGCUAUGGAAAAUAAAUUUGGCGAUGUUUAUUCCUUAUAUAAAUGACAGAGUAUUAAAUUACUGUGAAGCAAAUUAAUGCAAAUUUAAUUUUUGAGAUUUUUCUAUUUUAACGAUGACUUCUAUUUAUGGCACAUAAUUUGUAAAUUGUAACUGCAGAGGAAACAAAGAAGAAAUAUUCAUUGAUAUUCGACAAAUCGUCUAUUAAACUGGACAUGCAAAGUUUUGUGCUGAGAGUGAAUUUGUUUAAAUGUGUUCUGUCUAGCGCAAACACUUGUGUCACUGACAGAGCCGGGAAAAGUUUCUCACUAUUGAUAACAUCCUGAUAAUAUUGAAUUGAAGUUAAAGCAUAUAAUUAAGAAUAAUUAUUCUAUUUUCACUCUUUGGUAUGUUUGGUAUUUAAUAAGAUAGAGCCACAUGUCACAACUCUAGGAGUCUGUAACAGGGUUAGAAGACAAUCAUAAUUUAACAAUAUGCCUGUUAUUUCGAAGAAAAAAUGUUUUGAAACCAUGUAGAGGUAUGCAUUUUUUUUUUUGUUCAGCAGCUACAAGAAAUAACAUUUGCUAUCAGACAAUAGGAAAAGCAAUCUCAGCAGGGUUUAAAAUGCAAAAUUUCCAGGUUCGUUUUCAAGCUCUUUCCGGGAAAGGGCUUCGCUCUUUCAAAAUAUCUUCCUGUUACUUUACACUAUUCUCCUGCUUCUGCAAUUCUUAAUGAAACCCCUGACUGAGCAUCAGAGUCAUCUACACUACAACUUAUCAGCGGUUAUUCUCUGAAAGAGUUGUACAACUCUUUGAUUCUUGUUAUAUUGCUGUAAAAACCCCGAUAUUUUUAAGAAUUUCGGGAAUUUUGGAGAAUUUUAGAGCUUUUUUCGGGAAAAUCCAGAAAGAAUUUUAGGCAGUUUUUCGGGAGUUAUGUGGCUAAGCCAACCAUUACCCAACCAACAUUCUUGAAAUAUUUCACUUCGUGAUUUUCUAAGUUUUCCUGUAACUGGUAGAGUUUAACAAUCUGUGAAAGAUUUAUGUAUGCUAGAAUCAAAUCUCAAUACUAAUCUGACUACAGUGAUGUGCAAGUCCUGCUGCUCUAACAGUAGUUGUUGUGGUUUUUGUUCUCGUAGACUAUUGGGUAUGAUCCUCUCGUUCCAGCUGAUGAGGCAGCUAAGUUUAAUAUUGAGUGGAUGGAACUAGACCAGCUGUGGCCAAAAGCAGACUACAUCACAGUACACACUCCUCUCAUUCCACAGACAAGAGGUGUGUAUUGCACUUUUAAUUUUAGUUGAUUUUAUGUUGACAGCAAGAUAAUAUUUUUUGGCCUUUUAAACACCUUCAACUCAAGCAUGAUUUAAAGCGCAAGGUACAGCGUAAUAGCAACAUACAUCACUACUAGGACAGCAGAGUACGUAGUGCCUUAUCUUAGAUAUAUAUUAUUGUAGGGAUUGGUACCUACAUGUAUUAUGUUCAUAGAUUACUGCUUCUGUGUUUGUUGUUCUUUCUAAAGCCAGCUGUCAGCUCCUAUGUGUAAAUCCACAUCCUUUAAUUUAUCUUUUUUUCCUACCUACCUGUCUCUUUUGAGUUGAUUGCCUGUAGAAGUGCCUGGCAUUUAGCAUUUACAGUCAACCCAGAAAAACCACCAACACCAGAAAUAUUUCUGAAAUGUUAUUGUUUUCCCCAAAAAACCCAAUCAGGUGUAAGAAAACUAAACCACAAGCAAGAUCAGAUCUUUGCUGUGAUUGGUCAUACAUGCAAGACAAUAAACAUUCCUGAGAUAUUUCAAGUGUUCAUGGUUUUCCCGGUUUGAUAGUAUAACAUCAUAACAAUUGGUCUGUGCUUAUCACAAUAGGUUCUUGUACAUAUGGCUAUCCUUUGCAGGAAUUGAAAUGUUAAAUUGAUUUGUGUAACUUGCAUGCUGAUUUUUGUUUCUUCUGUGCUCGAGGUUAUCACUAACAUGUUCUUUUUUCUUCAAAAUAAAUCCAGGACUUCUCAGUGAUAAGACAUUCCCUCUCUGUAAGAAAGGUGUGUAUGUAGUCAACUGUGCACGUGGUGGUAUCAUUGAUGAAGCAUCCCUUUUAAGAUCAUUGGAGUCGGGGCAGUGUGGUGGGGCAGCUCUCGAUGUCUAUGAAACGGAACCCCCUACUGGUAAGUAUUUAUAUUGCUAUUAAUAGUAGGGCAUUAUAGGGGGAGUGUUGCCGUGUCAAUACUUAGGUAGACACUUCAGUGGGUGGUAAGUGAACAAUUAAGAAGCAUGCCUACUGACAGGGUGUGAUAAAAAAUCAUAAAUUAUGCAGCAUUUUCAGGUCAGAUUGAUGCAACAAAUUAUGCAAAUUGUGUGAUUUUUUGGAUGCUAAUUAAAGGUCGUUUUAUCAGGUUUUAAAGGAGGUCACUUUUUAAAUGUUCUGUAACAGACAAUUUGAGUGUAUUUAGAACAAAAUAGUUAAAUUUUGUUCUGAUGUCUUGACUUAAACAAGACGCCUUAAGUCGUUUCCGUGGGAUGCGUUGGUCUAUGGAAACACAAUGGCGUUCUAUCUGAAUUUGGAAAAAUUAGGGAAACCGGAGAGAUGUGUCAUGUUAUGAGCAUCGAUGAGUAGGUCACCUGUAUGGGUUGGUUUAAUGUGCUUAUGACUGAAUUUAUAGUAGCCUGCGUGGCAGGCUACUAUUUCUCCACAAUCCACAUCCCCUUUUUGAUUCCUCCCUAUCCCCAACCCCUUGCGACACCUGCUACACAAGCUAAAUUUAUAGUUGUCAGUGGUCGCAAGGAUGGAGUUGAUCUUGUUUUGAUCUAUCGCUAUGUAGUUAUUUUCGUAGCACGAUUUGGAUAAGAAAAAGAAGUUAUUUUGCAUCAAAACAAGGUUUACCCGUGUAACUUAAAUUGGAAUGUUAACGGGAACAAGUAAUGGAGAAUAUGCGCAUAAUGCUCUCUGAUUAACCUGAACAGGAACUAUAUGUAUAAAGAUAUGUCAUAUCUGGCUAGUAAGUUGCCGCAGGUAACUUUUUCAAAGAGAAAUAAACAUUGUAGUUUGAGGUUAAUGGAACAAAACAAAACAUCCGCUUGCUUUAUCCAGGGUCAAACCCGGGGUUUAAUACAAAGUUCGAUAAAGUUGCAAUGUUUUAAUCCAAGAUGAAAGUUUAAUAUUCCAAGAUGCUCUUGAUACGAUUAAAAGGUAACUGCAAUGUGUUUCCAAGGUCUCAAAGUUAACAUAGUUCCAAUGAUUAUCCCUGAUUCCAAGGUAUAAUAGGUUUACUAAGGUCCUGAUCCGUGUCCCAUCCAGAAGUCCAAUCCAUGCCAAAAGCGAGUCGUCGAUCGACGAGGCCAAUAUUUUCGCGAUUUCACCGCCAAUCGUCAAGGGUACGAGUUGAAAUUUACGCGAUUUAACCUCCCAUCGCCAAGGUGUUUUCGAUAAGAAAAGAAAAAAACUGAACUCUAUCUGUGCUCGGCAAAAACUGGCGAACUCCGAAUAGAAAAAUCUAUUGGAAAUGACGGCCCGCAACCAGACGCUACUAAAACCUUAUGUCGAAAAAGCUAGAGCUAAACAAAAAAGAAUCGUGAAGGGAAGAAAUAAUUUGGCUUAGGUCGCCUUUCGUGACUUGUCAGUAUCCCGAAGGAUUUCGCUGGUUAACAAGCCAUCCUAGACCAUCCUAAACCACGAGUGGGAAAACUCAAGGGCGACAAAUUUGGCAAGGUACGUUCUGAUUUCAACGUUCUCCAGCGGAAGCAAAUCGAUUAAAAAUCGAUACAGAUUUUGUACAAUCUGAUUGGUCGGCUUGGAAGAAGAGAUAAUCGAUGAAGAUUUUAGGCAAUCCUAUUGGCUGGCUUUGCAAUUUUGGGUACAACCAAACCGGGUUUUUACCGUGGGAGUGCCACAGGCAUCCCACGGAAUAAGAGGAUAAUAGAAAGAAGGAAAAAGGACACUUUGUAACAAAUAACUUUGUGUAUUUCCUGAAGGGAGGGUAAGGUUCCACCAUCACCUAAUUUCAAACCAGGGAGGGCUGAGCAUAAGUCCAUUCAUUUUAGGAUAAACAACAUUUUCAUGUAGGUCCCAUACAUACCAAACUUGAGGAUUUAAAAUAAAAUGAAACCACUUUUUAAUUCUCUGCCAGUGCCAAAACUAAUACAGGUAAAUUAUGCACAGCAAGUAGUAAGUUGAUGUAAUACCAAACCCCCUUAAAGUGCCCAUCACCUAAUAUUUUAUAUUUUCUUAUCUGAAACUACACCUUAUUAAAAUUACUUCAGCUAAAACAUUUUGUGAUUUGAACAAAAGAGGAUUUUUUAGAAUUUUUUAAAAACGUUCAAAUUUGCCGCCAUUUUGGCACACCAUUCAUCUUAGUCUUCUCUGGGAGUAUGACGUCAUAUGACGUACUUUAAGGAACACGUGACUUUAUCGACAGGAAAACAUUAAGAGUUUUGGUAGGUUUUUCUCUGAUUCAAUCCUUACUUGUAAUUGAUCUUUUUUGUGUACAGCUGGUGAAGGCAAGGUAACGUGAGUUCCGUAAUUUACGUCACAUGAUGUCAUAUUUGAGCCUGCUAGUUUGCGUGAUCAGCCUCGCGGGUGUACCGCAAAAAUAUAGACUUCAAGAAUUGGUAAAAAAUUGCGUUUUGUUCAAACCGCAAAAUUUUUUUGGAGAAGUUAUUUUAAUAAGGUAUGUAUAGUUUCAGAUAAGAAAAUAAAAAAAUUUAGGUGAUGGGCACUUUAAGCAAAAGAAAUGAUAAGACAGUAAAUAAGUUGUUAACACAAUUAAGUACAUACACUGGGGGGAGGUAAACUGUGCCAGUAUAUUGAUCAGGUUUAUUUAUUUUAUAUCUGUCACAGGAGUAUCAGGGCAGUUAGUCCAGCAUCCUAAUGUCAUAGCUUGUCCCCAUCUUGGUGCCAGCACUGUUGAGGCGCAAACCAGGGUAGCAAAGGAAAUAGCUGAGCAGUUUGUUGAUGCUGCACAGGGGAAGUCACUAUUUGGUGUGGUGAGUUAUUUCACUUAACUGGUAGUAAUAUUACAAAUUAUAGUGGAACCUCGAUAUAAUGAAGGGCCAAGGGACUGGCAAAAUUUGUUUGCUAUGAUGACUUUUCCUUAUAUCCAGGUCCUUUUCCACGUAUUUUACUAUUACUGGGGUAAAGAAAACAGUUUGUUAUACAGAGGACUUUGUUAUAUAGAGGUUCUACUGUAAGAGUGCAUCGGACUGGAAGGAGUGCUGCUGUGAAGCACAAAAUAGAGGGAAAAGCCGCAACUGGCAUAAAGUGGUAAUGUGAAAGGUUGAACCCAAGAGUCAUUUCUUUAGUAGGUUGAGUAUUAUCGUCCCGGUGAACGUGCUGUAGUCCUGAAUAGGACUGUUGUUGACAGUGACUAACGUUUCGACAACCUGUGCGGUAGUCAUCUUCAGAGUCAAAGUGAGUUGUAUCACGUCAGUUGAUGGUAUUAAACUCUUGAUAUUGAUCUGAUUGGUCCAUUAAGUCGCAAUGUUAUUGGUCGUCUGUCAGUUAAGCCGUGAUGUUAUUGGCUAUGAAGUCUCAUAAUGUUCUUGGUGCAUUUUGAACCACCUAUUGUCACAGUUUAACAGUCAUUUAUUGUUAGUCAACAUUGUCAGUUGUCCAGUCGUUUUCUUGUGGUAAGUUUUGCUUCAUUCUGUCAAUAAGCUGUUUGCAAGGUGCCGGGACAGUGGUGUUUGUUUUAAGUCUUUAAGACAGCUUUCUAAUGUGAGUUGUUGAUAGUGGUCUCUACAGUAGAAUACAUAAUACAUGUUGCAGAGUCCCAGUCAAUUUGAUGUUUUGUCUGUAAAUGGUGCUCAGCAAUGUGAUUGUUGAUGUCACCAUUUCUCGUUGUGCAUUUGUGUUCAGUCAGUCACAUGCUAAUUUUCUGCCGGUUUCACCAAUGUAAGUAGCCUGGCAGUUGCAGUAUUUGAUCUUGUAUACUUCUCCCUGUCUGACCUGUCUGUCUUCUGGUUUGUCUUUGUCCUUGACAUCAGUAAGUUGUCGCCGUCAAGUGGUCAUUGGUUUAUGUGCCACAAGUACAUUGUAAGGUUGUAGUAUACGUGCGAUAGUUUGAGAGGUGCCUCUGAUGUAUGGUAUAGUCACUGUCUUAAGGUCUCGGUAAAUGAAAAUUUUAGUACAUUGCUCGAUUUUGUUUUUUUGGGAUUUUUGGCAUGAGUGGGUCCUAAAUUUUAUUUUGGCAGAAAAAGAAAAUCAGAAAGUGCUUUUUAACCCUUCUAAAAUGAGCCUCUUCUGAGCUAACCAGCCAAGCGUGGACCUCGCGCUAAAUCUUUAGAGCUGAUUUUCUCUCACUCUAUUUUAGACGUAAAAAUCAAAAUUCUCCGACCUCCAGUCGGGACAGGUUUUAAGCUAUCGCUUUGAAACUUUCAAAUAUGAUGGAUAAUGAUAUAGACUCAAAAAGGGUGUGAGGAAUUUUCCGAUUUCCCUUUGUAACUCAUUUUAUGCCAGUUUCUUUGCGUAAAUCGCGCUCGAGAUUCGACUUUUUAGUUUGAAAUGCAAUAAUUCCGCUAAUACGAGACAUAUGCAAAUUUCCUCACACCUUUUUAGGUCUUUUAUCUGUCAAUCAGAUGCAAAAAAAAAAGGAAGUGAAUAUUUAACAACGCGAAAGGGCUGGAGCUUCAGCAGUAAACUCGAUACCUCUGAGUUCGAGAACAAAAAACUUAAGCACCUUUUGAAAUUCGAUAAAAUAAAAUUUUUAGAAGGUAAUUUAGUCUUUUAGUUACCGAGACCUUAACAGGGCCAAAGUCGAUGUUGGUCUGAGUGUUGGAAUCAGUGUUACUGUGAGUGUUCUGUCUAACAAAUUAAAGUCUGUGUUGUAGUUGGUACGGUAAAAAAACAGAGAAAACUUUCAUAAGAGACACAACAAGGAAUGCUUACUUCAGAUGCAGUUAUUACAUAAUUAUUGGUACAUAAUAUAGUCAAGUUUCUGUUAAUCUAUGUGUUCUAAAACCUUGCCUCUUGUUGGUUUACUGUGGAUGAGUUUGUCAACACUAUUCUAGACUGGUCCUGCACCUUACCAUUGUGUGCAAAUGGUUUUUCCAGAAAAUGUUUUUUCUCAGUAAAGCUUUUUUAAAAAAGUUUGUCAAAAGCUAGUGAACAAUCUUUGUCCAGGUUUGGCUCUGAGCACCUUGUGGAUAUUUCUUUAUGUUAACUGCACGUUCCUGGUCGUUGUCAAUUUCCAGUUUGCUGAUGACUGCCAUGUUAAAAUAUCAAUGUUUUCUUGGUAAGACCUCAGAAGGUGGGAAGACUGAAUAUUUACCAGAUGUGCACGGUGCAAAGGAAGUCAGUUUUAGCAUUUACUUGCCCAAGAGUCAUUUAAACUAGCCCCUCCCCCCCCCCCAUAAAAGUGACAAGCAGAAUUAAUAAUAUUAAUUUAUUUUUGUCGCUUAAUUAAUUGUUCUAGUAGUUGUUCAGUUAUUUAAAUCUUUUUUAUUCACUUUGUCAGAUCAGUUUUAGAAGCAGCUUUCAAUCCACAUGAACUACUGUAAUUAAGAAUUUAAACAAUUUGUCUUACAUUACUUCUGUAAUUUGAAUUGAAUUCCCCUGAAAGACUUCCUUGUCCAUCAUGCAAGUUAAGAACAGAAUUCACAAUCCCGCAGUGUUAUCUAAUAAUGCUUUCUCUGUACCCUCACAAGUCACCUGGUCAGCAGGGGUAGGAAGUAGAGAACCUAAUCCCAGACAUGAUUUAAUUGUUUGAUUAUAGGUAAAUGCUGCAUUCUUAACUGAAGCCCUGAAACCUGAAGCACAGCCUUGGCUAAGCCUCGGUGACAAACUUGGAAGAAUUGCUGCAUGUCUUGUGAAUGAUCAGCCACUCACCAAAGUCACUGUGACAACACAUGGUGCUGAAAUGAAGUCCGCAUUACGAUAUGUUACUGCUGCUGUGUCAGCAGGAAUUCUUGGUGGAACAAAUGCCAAUUUGGUUAAUAGUGCUGUCAUUGCAAAAGAUAAAGGCUGUGAUGUAAGUUAACAAGUUAAUAAAUGUUGUAAUUGCAUUAUUCUCCUAUCAUAAAGUAUCAUCUAGCCAUGGUGUUUGUAAUUCCAUUUUUCUCCUUUCACAAGGUAUCAUCUAGCCAUGAGGACACUUUUGGACUCCCUUAUAAUGGCGCAGUAUCAUUGACGGUAAACAGUGACACCACAUUAACAGGAACAGUGGUGGGGGUUGGUGUUCCUGUGCUGAUCAAGUUCAACAGCCAUGUUUUCAGUGGUGGGGUACCCCUCUCUGGAAACCUUUUGUUUGCUAAAGGAAAUCCUGGUAAAGUCCUGACUGAUCUCGGUUCCAAGAGUAAUGGUGCAGUUAACUGUGUUCAUGUGGCAGCAGGAGGAGCAGAAAGUGUCGUUAUUGUUAGCACUUCUUCUCAAUUGUCAGCAGAUUAUCCUUGUAUAGCAUUGUGAAAGAUGGUUUUUACAUCAUUAGUUGCGAGUCUAAUGAUAAAAAAAAUGUUUCCAACAACUGGAAAAAAUUUCGGCUUUGCCUGCAUACUUAUAAAGGUAGAUAGCAUUGACGUAUUUGCAAACUACAAAGACACUCACUUUAACUGUGUAUGAACUGCAGUGCUGUAGUACCUUACACUUUACUGUUGCUGUGUGCUUUGCAUUGCAACAAACCCUGAUAAGAUACAUGUAUUCGUGGGAAUGUUAAUUUUGCAUUCGAUGAAUAAUAAUUUACUGUAAUAAUGUAGCAUCUGUUUUGUGACAAUAAGUAGGGAUAGUAUUUAUUAUUGUUAAAUAUUGUGUAACUGCCGGUGAUAUCAAUUUACGAGUGAAAGUCACUUAUGUGACUACUUGCUAUGUUAUACUGGAUAAGUUAUGUAGUGCUAUAAAUCUUUGUUUCUCAAAUUGUUGGUUUGUCUGAAAUCUUUGCGCUUGUCAUUUACCUACCCCUUCCUUUGGCAGUUCUUCCUUGAUUCAG